AUGCACAAAUCGGUCUGGUUUGGUGACUGCAAGGUCAAGCAGUCCAUGACUAACACCUGCAGAGACCGGCCUAUUGUGCUUACUGCACACAGCUUUGGAGGUCUGGUCAUCGCGAAGGCAGUAGCUUAUGCUGAUACGGGUCGCGAGCUGUACUCCGUCAUGUUUGAAGCCAUUUUCGCCGUCAUCUUCUUCGAAACUCCUCUCAAGGAUGCUACCAUUGCUUCUAUCGCCGUCGUGUUCUCUCCCCUCGCCGAGAAAUGUCAGACCUUUGGUGCAGUAGCCUUCAAGCUGUUGGAAGACAUAACUCUGAGAAACAGUUAUCUCAAGGCUGCCCGGAAAGAGUUUUGCCACCUUGAGCAGCCGAUCAACCUCGCCGAAAUGGUACACCCGCUCAAAUUUGCCAAUUUCGUUUUCCCUCAAGGAUCAAAGAUUUUGUCACCGAAGAGUCAGCAACGGUUGAUAGCUACGAUAGACUAG